AUGGGUGAUAGCUUGGCGCCCACCAGGUAUUCAUCCUCACACAUGGAGAGGAAGAUGAGUGCUAUGGCCUGCACCGUCUUCAACGAGCUUCGCCUGGAAGGGAAACUCUGUGAUGUGAUCAUCAGUGUGGAUGGUAUUGAAUUCAAUGCUCACAAGAACAUCCUCUGUAGCUGCAGUCACUAUUUCAGGGCUUUGUUCACCAGCAGCUGGAACAACGCGGAGAAGAUAGUAUAUAAAAUCCCCGGCACUUCACCUGAAAUGAUGAGGCUCAUUAUUGAGUACGCCUACACCAGAACAGUACCGGUCAUGGCUGACAAUGUUGAAAGUUUGCUAACCGCAGCAGACCAGUUCAAUAUCAUGGGCAUCAUCAGACUGUGCUGCGAGUUCUUAAAAUCCCAGCUAUGCUUCGAAAAUUGCAUCGGCAUCUGCAGACUCACAGAUUAUUACCACUGUCCCGACCUGCGAGAAGCAGCCUACGUGUUCAUCCUCCACCACUUCGAGGAGAUGGCCAAGGUCUCUACAGAGUUUCUAGACCUGUCCGUCAACGAGCUAAAGGACAUCAUUGAGAAGGAUGAGCUCAACGUGAAACAAGAAGAUGUCGUGUUCGAGGCUAUUCUGAAAUGGAUUGCUCACGACCUGCAGAACAGGAGGCAGCACAUCGCAGUCUUGCUGAGCAAGGUUCGACUGGCACUGAUGCAAGCAGAAUACUUCAUGAACAACGUCAAAACACACGAAUACGUGAGGGACAACGAGGAGUGCAAAGUUCUCAUCAUAAACACGCUGACGGAAAUGUACAACCUCAAUAUGCACGGCCCAUCUUUGGAUUUCACCAACCCGCUCAGCCGGCCUCGCCUGCCCUAUGCCAUCUUGUUUGCUAUCGGAGGCUGGAGCGGGGGGAGCCCAACCAACGCCAUCGAGACGUACGAUGCCCGUGCAGACAAGUGGGUGAAUGUCACGUGUGAGCAAGAAAGUCCCCUUGCCUAUCACGGCACGGCUUAUUUAAAAGGUUUUGUCUACGUUAUCGGAGGAUUUGACAGCGUGGAUUAUUUCAAUAGCGUCAAGCGGUUUGACCCACUUAAGAAGACAUGGCAGCAGGUUGCACCCAUGCACUCACGGCGCUGCUACAUCAGCGUCACCAUCCUCAACAACUUCAUCUACGCCAUGGGAGGGUUUGAUGGAUACAUGCGCCUCAACACGGCAGAACGGUACGAGCCAGAGACCAACCAGUGGACACUGAUUGCCCCCAUGCACGAGCAAAGAAGCGAUGCCAGUGCGACCACGCUGCAUGAAAAGGUGUAUAUAUGUGGUGGGUUCAAUGGAAAUGAGUGCCUGAUGACAGCUGAAGCGUACGAUGCCACAACAAGUCAAUGGACCUUCAUAGCCCCAAUGAGAAGCAGGAGGAGCGGAGUAGGUGUCACUGCAUACGGAAACGAAGUGUACGCGGUCGGAGGAUUUGAUGGAGUCAACCGGCUUCGGAGUGUGGAAGCUUACAACCCCGUGGCCAACACAUGGCGCACAAUCCCCACCAUGUUCAAUCCUCGCAGCAACUUUGGCAUUGAAGUGGUGGAUGAUCUUUUGUUCGUGGUUGGCGGCUUCAACGGUUUUACUACUACUUUCAACGUUGAGUGUUACGAUGAAAAGGCUAACGAGUGGUACGACGUUCACGACAUGGGCAUAUACCGUAGUGCUCUGAGCUGCUGUGUGGUGCCGGGUCUAUCCAACGUCAGGGAGUACGUUGCCAGACGAGACUACUACGUGGACAACUCUUCAAAGGAAGUCAGGUUCACUUCUUCAACAAGUAGCCUGCCUAUAUAA